AUGCGAAUUGGGUACUUGAAGCGUAGCCACAGAAAGACGGGGCUACUGCAUGAUUUCAACACAAAUGGCGGAAGGAAGAGAUCCUUCGUCAGCGCCCCCAGGUGCGCGCCAAGCGACGAUCGAGGAAAGUACGACGAUAUAGAAAAUUUAAAAAAUGAAGCAGAUUUAAAGAAUUUUUAUUUGCGGUAUAAUAAAAAGGAAGCCACUGAGUUGUUGCGCGACUAUGAAAUACUAACCAGUGGGACGUUAAAGAAAAAGUGUUCACUUGCUGAGGUGAUAGAAUGCCGCAAAAUUUUCAAGUACGUGGUGGAUACGACAUCUGUGGUACAUUUCUUACGUUCGAAAGGAGGGUGUUAUAAGAGUAGUGGCAGUCUCACCACGGCAAACGAGAGUCAUCAAACAAGUGGGCCAAACAACGUCUACUACAUCCACAAUAUUGAGAAACCAAAAGUUAACAGAAGUGAACUGAUACGAACAAGCAGAAACAACCGUUGUAUGAAUGCCCUCAUGAACAAUAACAUGCACAAAUUUAUUUACAGAUUAAAAAAAUGCGACAUUUUAAAUUAUAAGGAGAAAGUGAUAAGCAAGGAGCAUGUGAACUACAACUCAUUGUUAUUCCCCUUGACUUAUGUGAAUUUGGUGAAAGCAAAAGAAUCUGAAGCUGACUCUUACUUCAUGGACACAAAUAUCUUCUAUCAUUUUAUUCACAGAAGGAACACUAAAGCCUUUAUAGAAAUACUGAAACGAGUUAAUUACAAAAUUUUGUCUGCUCAAGAAAUAAGAAAUGGGCUCCUCCUUCUGACCAUCUUACACCAUAACAACAUUUCCAUGUCAAAUGACAAAAGCAACAUCGUCAAGUGUGCAGGUACUUCUGAAGUUUCAUACAAAAAUGAAGAUUAUGUUAAUAAAAAAAUGUUGCAAGAAAUUUUCAUGAACUUGUGUCAGGGGAUUCAUUCUAAGUUGGAGUCCAUUUCGUUUCUCCAGCUGUAUGACUACCUACUGCUCAUGUGCAUAAACGAAGUGAAAAGUAAGGAGGUUUACGCGGGCAUCUUGAACCGCCUGUCGCACUAUGUUAAUGUUAUUAACAAAAUUAGCAACGACCUCAACAGGUCAGACGCAACGGGGGGGGAUCCCCUCUGCGCGGAGACAGAGACGGUGGAUGGGAGUGCGUCCACAAUUGGCAGUGUAAUGCAGAGCAGCCAUCCCAGGGAGGACCCACUUGGCCUUCAAGUGGAAUCACUCGACGGAGCGGCACCCGGGUGGACAAAUCACAGUACGAUCGGCGCGGUCAACGGCGAGGGAGAUGACAUAGAAGCGGAAGACGAGGAGUGGGCUCAAAACAUAGCACAAAGCGAUGACUCUCGCUUUUACCUGAGGAAGGACCACCGCCAACACAUAACGAACAACCUCCUGAGUAUCAAGAACAUCUUGUUGCACAAAGUGUUGCUAGUAUACAUGACGAAAUAUUUGUUCAGUCACAUAGACAGUAACAUAUUGUAUGCACACUCCGACCUGAUCUGCGAGAAUUUGGAACUAAUGACACAUCAUAUGAUAACAAAUUUUAUUUUCACCAUCGGGACGUGCAAACAUGUGGACGAAUUCUGUAUGUUCAUGUUGGCAAAGUAUGUACAGAAUUAUGUUCAUACAUACACUCCAAAUGAAAUUACUAUAAUUGUGAAUACUUAUGCCGACGCUUCUUUGGAGGACGUCAGUUUUUACGAAACGAUUUGUGAACAUAUGAAGAGAAACUUUGAAACAUUUUCCUCUAUUGAUAUUAUCAAAAUAAUUUAUGCAUUUUCCAAAGUGAGGAUUCGAGAUGUUGAGUUGUUAAAAAUGGCUUAUGAAAAAAUAAACAAUUAUUUGGAAGAGAGGGAAAGAAAAAUGGAUGAUACGUGUGUACAGGUCAAGGGACCAUAUGUACAAUGGGACAGCGAAAAAAAAAAAAAAAAAAAAAACUUCAACUCACAUUUUAAUGGCAAUACGGUUGUGCCAAGUGGCGGUUUGCUGGAUGAAAGUGACCAUCGUGUGGCGAGCGACAACAACGUAUAUGAAGACAAACAAAUUAAGAGGAAUGUAAAAAGGAAAAAAUAUGUCAUUAACAAAUAUUUGUGCGCGUACGCGUUAAUUGCGGCGGGGAAAUUGGAUUAUGUAGAGGAACUGGACAAACUGUUUGUACACUUAAAGAAUAGCAUACACAGUGAAGGCAUCGACAUAAGAGGUGUGUUGUGGAUGCCCAUGGCCAUCACGAGCUUGCUAUCUUCGGAAUGCAUAUUUCACUUCCUUCCCAUUUAUGUACAUUUAAUUUACAACGCUUUUAAAAAAACGCAAUCCCCCAAAUUGCUUUCGCUACUCAUACGAAGGCACAGCAUUUUACUACACACAAUCGAGACGGAUAUCAUUCCGAAGAAAUACAUCAGUAAAGGUACACUGAACAAUUUGUAUUAUAUUUGUAAAACGAAGAAGGACAACUCCAAGGAGAAGGUGUUCAUUCCAGAUAGCUCCACCUUCCACAUUGAAGUUUCCAACGCGCUGUUAUCCCUGGACAUUGCGCACAAGAAGGAGGUUAACAUUUACCCCUUCACCAUUGACAUUUUUAUUAGCAGACCGGGAGAUUGCACACAGAAGGGGGGGCAAUCCAACAACACACAGAAAGAUUCACGCAGGGCGGCGGCGCCUUUGAGCUACGGCACGACCAACUUUAGCCUUGACCAUAUCGCGAGGGAGAAGAAAAAAAUACAACCAUACGACAACGACACCAACUUUGAGCACACAUUCGAAACGAAGAAAGUGAAGAAGAAGUCCAAGAACAAAAACGAGGUGUACACGGACGUGCCGAUUGCAUAG